UGGACUCAUUACCUCGGAGCAUGAAGCCUUUGCAUUUGAAGUGAAUAGUACUAGGUUCGAGUCUUAGUAUGGAUAACAACAUCAGGAUUCAUGUAAAUAAUGUGAAACUUGCAUCUUUGAUUCGAUUGCCAGUCAUACAUCAAAUAUUACUGAAAAAAUUCUUAUAACUAAAGGUCAUAUGUAGAAGCAGUUCACUUUGAAUGCAUGUAUUACAAUCGAGACUGAUUAAUCCCAGUCCUCAUCACAAAAACAGGAAAUUUCAAACCAUACUAAAUCCAUGUACAGAUGCCAGUCAUUAUCAACUAUCAACUAAUGAAUACGUUUACAUUACAAAAAUUAUUUUUUGUUAUUUUAACAACUUUCUAUUUAUCACUACCAUGGAUCAUAUCCAUAGUGAAUACGUUGCCAACAACAAAUAACAAUGAUCCAAAUAUUUUGUAUCGUUUAACACCAUCAUCAUCAUCAGCAGCAGCAGCAGGAGCAGCCGCAUCAUUAUCACAUCAAAAUGGAGGUGGAGAAAGAAUUUAUCUACCGGAAGAACUUCUUGCACAACUAUCAAAUGAACCAUAUAUCAAUUCAUUGUAUUUACCAAAACGUGCUGCUUACAUGGAUUUACCAUGGGGUAAACGUGCUUUAGCUAAACGUGCAGCUUAUAUUGAUUUACCAUGGGGUUAAUUGUGAAAUUGAUUUAACAUUUAUAUUCAAUUACAUACAUAUAUACUUUAAUAAUGCAUACUAAAAUAUUCAUUGAGAACAAUCUAUCCAUCAGUCAUUAUAACUAAUCAUUGAUAGACUAAAGGUGAAAUGUGAGAUUAUUGGAAAAUUAAAACUGUCGUUUUAAAAAUCGAUAUUUCAUAAUUUGUUUGUUCUAUGAAAACUUUAUACUUUCAACAACAACAAAAAAAGAAUCUACUGAAACAAUCUUUCCUAGUGUUCAUUUUAAACAAUGAAUUAGUUCUUCAAUCAAAUAAUUAUUAUGUCCUUU